AUCAGAUUCUAUCUCAAAUCAGGUUUUUGAUUCCUGAUAGUCGGUCCAGAUUUUUGAAGCGUUGAUAUUGAUCAAACCAGGCGUGUGCAAAGAUCAGAAUGGAAGGUGUUCUUAAGGAGAUACUCGAUCUGCACAGAGAUUGGAUGGCAAGUCAACUGCUCGAACAUCAACGCGCAAUGGAGGAACAGUUUUGAUUACUCACAAUGCCAUUGCACAAGCUUCAAUCAACAAGUUCCAGCUUCAAAACAUCUGCAGGAAGCUCUUCUAUGCACAUUGAAGGUAGAAAUCAAUGCCCCUCUAAUCCAAGAGACUGGAUCAAGAAGUGUGGAAAAUACUUUAUUUUGUGUGAGGUUCCUGAUAUGAAAAAGGUGACUCUAGCUUCAAAUCAUUUGGAAGGAAAGGCUAUGAUGUGGUUUGAAAGUUAUAGACAAACUAGACUUAAUGUGGAAUGGGAGGAUUUCAUUGCAGAUUUAUAUGCCAAAUUUAAAUAUGACAGACAUGGUGUGUGUUCAAGAUUUAGUGGCGAGGCUGAUCUUGAGGCAGUGGCUGCUCACCAAACAACAACACCUAAUCUUGUUGGGCCACUCAAUCAUGUGCUUCCAGAUAGUGUAAAUAUUUCAUUGGACAAUCACCUUGAGGCUGCAUGUUUGAAGAAGAAUUUUGACACUACUCCUUUCAGGACCAAUUCCAUUGUUGUGGUCAAAGAAGGCAAACAUGAAGCUGUGGAAGCAAUUGCUCUUGAUGACUCUAAGUCAGUGGAUAAACCGGAGUCAGUGGUUGAGGCCAAUUACACUGUGAGAUAUCAAUCUUCUAAUAGCAAGAGCCAGUUUCCAUCACAAAGAAAUCCUGCGUUUAUACCUGUUGCUAUAAGAAUUGAGGAAAUGGCAAAAGGAUGUGGCUAAUACUGUGAUAAGCCAUUGGAGGAAGGACAUAAGUGUGAAAGUAAGGUGACUCGGACCUUUCUGAUGGGAAUUCUAAGAGAGAAAGAAGCUGAUAAGUUUGAGAUGUCCGAUUGCAACCCAAUGGCUGACAGUGAUCCAUCAAUGUUAGUCCAUGAUAUUUUUGAACGCAAUGGAUAUCAGAUGAUAAGGGUCACUGAUCAAGUGUGUAACAAAGAAAUGCAACUGUUGAGAGAGUCAAAAAGCAUUCAUAAUUCUAUAGAUUCUAGUCAUGCUAUAAAAGGGUGGGACACUACCUUGAAACCAUUACUGUUUCUAAGGAGGCAGUGGUUGAUGAGUACAAUUUGCAAUGGACACAAGUUUGUAGGGAUGUCAAAUGUUUCAAAUGGCAACUACAAAGCACAGAUUUCAAUCAUGACAGGGCACUUGCCCUUUAGCAUAAAAAAAACAGUAUACGGAGGAAGGAGCCUCUCAUGGGUCCAAGGAAGCAGCUACUAUACUUCAACCUUUAGUGGUACUAGUUAGGAUAGAGUGGUUGAUCCCCUGGGUAGGACAAUCAGUGCAAGAGGCAACCUGCAAUCACUCAGCCAAGACACAACGGUUAAUUCCUUGGGCACAAUGGAUUCCUAUGAUCAGCUCCUCCAUAGAAUGUGAUCUUACCAACCAGAUUUCAGCUUCCUGGCUUUUGGACAAAAACAGUGCAGAUCAUUAUCCAACGGUUACAAAAUUGUUUCACAUUACCUCCCUACUCUUGGCAACAACCACAUUUGAAGAGAAAAAGGAAGUUGGUUAUAAGUCUGGCUCAUCUGCUUGGGUACUUAAAAAGGGGAAGCAACUGGCUGGCCAAGAAUAACAAGUGAACUUCAGUUUUCAACCUCGAGGACAAGGUUGUCCUAGGGGGGUAGUUACAAGUUAGUGUUUGUUAGGGUUGUUCGCUGGGGUAGCUGUUAUAAAUAAUCUCCCUAUUU